AUGGCCGAAGGGGACCGGUCAGUGGCCGGAGGGGUGGGUCCCUCGGGCCGGCCGCUCUUCUGCCGCCGGGGGGCCCUGAGGCACAAGGUGGUGCACGAGGUGAAGAGUCACCGGUUCACGGCGCGGUUCUUCAAACAGCCGACGUUCUGCAGCCAUUGUACCGACUUCAUCUGGGGCAUCGGCAAACAGGGCCUGCAGUGCAUGGUUUGCAGCUUCGUGGUUCACAAACGCUGCCACGAAUUCGUCACCUUCGAAUGUCCCGGGGCCGGGAAGGGACCCCAGACCGACGAUCCCCGGAACAAGCACAAGUUCAAGGUUCACAGCUACAGCAGCCCCACGUUCUGCGACCACUGCGGCUCCCUCCUCUACGGCCUCGUCCACCAGGGCAUGAAAUGCUCCUGCUGCGAGAUGAACGUGCACAAGCGCUGCGUUCAGAGCGUUCCGAGCCUCUGCGGCGUCGACCACACCGAGCGCCGGGGGCGGCUCCAGAUCCGGAUCCAGGCUCUUCCCGGGGAACAGCUCCACGUCACCGUGGGUGAGGCUCGGAACCUGAUCCCGAUGGAUCCCAACGGGCUCUCGGAUCCCUACGUGAAGCUGAAGCUGAUCCCAGAUCCCAAAAACGUCUCCAAGCAGAAAACGAGGACGGUGAAGGCGACGCUGAACCCGGUGUGGAACGAGGCCUUCCUCUUCAAUCUCCGCCCGGGGGAUUCCGAGCGGCGCCUCUCGGUCGAGGUUUGGGAUUGGGAUCGAACGUCCCGGAACGAUUUCAUGGGAGCCAUGAGCUUCGGGGUGGCUGAGCUGCUCAAGGGUCACGUGGAUGGAUGGUUCAAGCUGCUGAAUCAGGAGGAGGGGGAAUAUUACAACGUCCCCGUGGCCGACACCGACGACUGCGGCCUCCGCCCAAAAUUCGAGGCCUGCAAUUACCCCCUGGAGCUCUACGAGAAAGUUCGUCGGGGCCCCUCCCCCACCCUGGGGCCCUCCCCCCUCCCCUCCCCCACCGAGGCCAAGCGGAGCCUCCUGGGCAGCGGCCGCUCCCAGCUGGGCGACUUCACCUUCCUCAUGGUGCUGGGAAAGGGCAGCUUCGGCAAGGUGAUGCUGGCGGAGCGGAGAGGCUCGGCUGAGCUGUUUGCAGUGAAGAUCCUGAAGAAGGACGUGGUGGUGCAGGAUGAUGAUGCAGCCUCGGCGCUGGUGGAGAGGAGGGUCCUGGCACUGGGACCCCGCCCCCACUUCCUGACACGGCUCCAUUCCACGUUCCAGACACCAGACCGGCUGUACUUUGUGAUGGAAUACGUCACCGGCGGCGACCUCAUGUACCACAUCCAGCAGGUCGGGAAGUUCAAGGAGCCGCACGCGGCUUUUUACGCAGCUGAAAUCGCCAUCGGCCUCUUCUUCCUCCACAACCAAGGGAUCAUCUACAGGGAUUUGAAGCUGGAUAACGUCAUGCUGGAUGCUCAGGGCCACGUGAAAAUCACGGAUUUCGGGAUGUGCAAGGAAAAUAUUUUCCCUGGAAACACCACCCGGACUUUCUGUGGAACCCCCGAUUACAUCGCUCCAGAGAUUAUCGCCUACCAACCCUAUGGAAAAUCCGUGGAUUGGUGGAGCUUCGGCGUCCUCCUCUACGAGAUGCUGGCGGGGCAGCCCCCGUUUGACGGCGAGGAUGAGGAUGAGCUUUUCCAAUCCAUCCUGGAGCAGACGGUGACGUAUCAAUCCCUGUCCCGCGAGGCCGUGGCCAUCUGCAAGGGGUUCCUGACGAAACAUCCCGGGAAAAGGUUGGGAGCGGGGCCGGGGGGGGAGCAGGAGGUUCGGGCUCAUCCCUUCUUCCGCCGCACGGAUUGGGAACGCCUGGAGCGCCUGGAGGUGCCGCCCCCCUUCACCCCCCGCCCGUGCGGUCGGAACGGGGAGAAUUUCGAUCAUUUUUUCACGCGGGCGCCGCCGGCUCUGACGCCCCCGGACGCGCUGGUCCUGGCGGGGCUGGACCAGGCCGAGUUCGAGGGCUUCAGCUUCACCAACCCCGACUUCCCUCAGCCCUCGGGAUCCCUCGUCUGAU